AGCAUUUGGAAAUCUUGGAAUCACCUUCCUGGCUGCGACUCAGUUCCUUCCAGAAACCUGCUUCACAACAGGAGUGGAUCAGUCUCCUUCACACUGAUACAAAGCUUGCUCUUCCACAGACUUGGGGAACAAAGUCUGAAUGUUUAGGGUUUUAAGGAUUAUUCAAUUGGGAUGUUGUUGGCACAUAAAUAGUUUGAGGUUUCAGUAGGACUAGGCAGAAUGUGUGGUGUUUUUUUUUUUAAUAAGUAAAACACAUUUUAAAAAAUGAGAAACCAAAAUAAUCCUGGAGGACAAUGUCUCUUUAAACUUGCAAUAUUUAAUCAGUCCAAUGUAAUGUGAGUUUGUGUUUUUAGUGUUUUAAUCUUGAAGAUUAAAGGGGAGGGAAGAGAAGAAAUCUAAUAGUUGAGGUACACCAAAUAUCCACCUACCUACAUGCAUAUGUAUGUUCAUAUUCAAACUUAAUCCUCACACCUCUGCAAGGGAACUAGCUCUGUUUUACAAAGGAACUGAGGUGUAGAGAGGUUGAAGAAUCUGUUAGGGUCACUCAGCAAGUUAAUGGCUCAAGUCCGGCCUGACUCCCAGGCUUUCCAUCAUCAUGAUGUUGAUAUUAGACACAUCCCAGAACCCAGAGAAGUUUUCUUUGAUAGCUCUUCACUCCCUGUUACAUCCUCAGUGGUUGACUAUUACCAGUUUACAAUUAAUCUGAAUGCUCCCAGAGCUGUCUGGGGUACUAGGAGAAAAUAUCCCAGUAUCUUUUGGGAGCUGAUCAGAGAUCCUGCUCCCUGAAACAGGCUUAGAUGAUUUUGACAAUGACAGGCCACAGGUCAGAGCUCCCAAAUUCUUAACUCUUGUCAAGCUAUCCCAGCUCCCAUUACUAGAUUUACAUUUCCAUUUCUCAAUGCCCAGAAUGUGCUCUUUUUCCCUGCUAACUGGAACUUGCUGAUUGAUGGACAUGUAUUAGAUUUCCUGUCACUUCUGACUGAAUUACAGCAUUGGAGCAAGGUGGGUAAUGGGAAAAUCAAGUUUGAUUGCUAGGUUUUUGACGAGCAAAAGUGUGGAUAGAUGUAGACUGGAGAGAUGGGGACCACUGGAAGAGGAGCAGGGAGAGUAUUUCAAGCAAAAGAGCAUAUCAGAAGGCCUUCAGAUGAAAGAGUUUGGCAUCUUCAAGGUAAGAAGCUCUCUGGAGGAAUGCAUUACCCUAGGAAGUAGUAUGUGGGCAACUGAGGAAGUAAGAAUGAAGUUGAAAGGAGGCCCCUCAGGUGUCAUAACGGCAAAGCACAAUGGAAUUCCCACCUCUGAAAAUGUGACCUCAUCCAUUCAUUCAUUCAGUAGUACAGUUGCCAGAUGUGAUGAUGUUCAGUGCUAGCCUGUGGGCACAGUUAACAUAAACCAUCAAUAUUAAGUGAUGAAGACAAACAGAUUAGAGUAGUUGUCACAGCAAUGACUGGAAUUGGACAUACCUGUUUGAACUUUGCUAUUUACUAGCUGUGUGACUUUGGGCAUGUUAGCCUCUCUAGUUUCCUUGUCUAUAUGAUGGUUAAUAAUAGCAUGAAAAUUAAAUGAGGUAAUGUAAAAGGUACUGGUUAUAUCUUAAGUGCCAAAAAGUUACGAACAUAAACACCAAUAUAAAAACCAGUGAGAAUGUGUUUAGCAUAAAAUCUAAAAAAGAGGGAAUUGAGCAAGCAUUUAGCAGUGCAGGACUAGCAUUGUCCAGGGAGGAAUAUUCUGGUUUUGGAGAACUUAAAUAUGAAUUGAGAGGUCAUCAGGAAUCCUAGACUGUGGUAGGAACUGCCUCCCCAUAGGCACUCCUUACUGGAGUCAGCAAGCCUUGACAUCUGUCUUUUCUUGCUAACAUUUGUAUCCUAUGGCAUCACAUCUGACACUCCCUUCAAAAUACGGGCACAUGAACGAAUCUUUAAUCUGAGACUGGGAGGAUAAUUUCAAACAGCGUACUGUACAAGUCAAUGAGAAAAUAAAUACUGGAAUUUUUCAUUUUGCUGAUGCAUCCCAUUCACACCCUUCACUUUUAGAAAAUAGUUAACCUCAUAUUUGUAUCCCAUUCAUGUUUAUAAAUUUACAACUUGGGCAUAAUGACAGUAUCUGUCUUUUUCUUUCCCACACUUGAUCCUAUUACAAAUCUCCACCUGGUCUAACCUUUGUCCUCCCCCCAGGUGCAGUUUGACUCCAAGCUCUGGUUUGAACUGGCCAGCGUUCUAAAGGCUGCCUUUACUUGCUCACUGAGUCUGCAGUUUUUGGCACCUACAAUUUUGAAAAAGAAUGAACUUAAUGAGAUUGUUGUGAAAAUUAAUGAGAUAAUGCCAGUUUACUCCAAAACUGGUAACUGUUUCUGAGUUUAGCAGGAACCCCUCCCACCCCCCCAUCACGAACAACUCAUUUCCCUAACAUUUUUCCUGCUUCAACGUAUCAAAGCUAUCUCUGGCAAACUCAUCCAGGCACAGUAGAGUGUUUGAAAUCUUGACCCUAUUUCUAAGGCUUUUCUUCCUCUUUUAGCCCAUUGGUACCAAUGUGACUCCUGCUUACUUACAUACUCAGGCACAAUUGGGAGGCAAUGGAGUAAUGGAGCGGAAACACCAGUCGGGUUGAAGCAACCUAGGGAGAGGACAGGCUGGACUGUAGGCAUAGAUAAGGGAUUCGGGUCCAGCAGAGUCAUCCCCGCUUUGUGGUUUGCAAGGAGGGAGGUGGGGAUGGGUGGUAAAACGGCAGGGGUCAAGGGAGGCGGCAAAUGAGGUGCACAGGGGACAGUGCGGGUGAGAAAGAAGGGAACAACCAAUUUAGAUCCCAGGUCCACGUGGGCGAUGAAGGGCAGAUAGAGAAAUCUAGCCCCAUCCUCCCUCAAUGCCUCCUUGGGUAAGGACGAACGCCAAAGGGGGCGCCAUCCCAACGCGGUUCUGGGCCCAGCUCCCCAGCCGCCCUGCAGAACCCGCGAUCGAGAGGAGACCUCCGAGCUGCCUAGACGGGACCCGGAAGUGCGCGCCGGGGAGCCCGAGUUUCCAGUCGGGCCCGGGGACCGAGGGCGCCGCCGCUGCGGGGCGGCUGCGCGACGACUGCCCGUCCGUGGUGCCGCGCUCUGAAGAAGUUUUAGAGGAGGUCUUGUCUUUGGGAGCCCCAGCCCUGGGGGUUGGAUCCAGCCCAUGGAGAAGCCGCCUGAGCAGAUAACCCCGGAGUCCCUGUCCCCAUCCUCCAAGCAGGAGCCCCGAAAGAGCAAGGAUGAGAAAACUGACACCCAGGAAGGAGAAGUAACUUACCCAAGGUCACCCUGCUGGUAAUGGCAGAGCUGGAAUUCGAAUUCAGUUCCGCCCGGCUCCCGAUCGCUCCCACCCCCACCCCCUUCAGUGCACAGUUACCAAGAGCCUGCGAGUUCCUGUCUUUUUUUAUCCCUGAAUCGCUGCUGCUGGCCUGAGCUGGGCAUGGGGCGUCCAGUGAUGCUGACUUUAGAGGACAAGGACGUGAAGGGAUUCACGUGGGCCAUAGCCCCCGCCUUGACCUCCUUGGGCUACCUGCUCAUACUGCUGGUCUCCAUCUUUCCCUUCUGGGUACGGCUUGUAAACGAGGAGUCCCACGAGGUGUUUUUCAGUGGCCUGUUUGAGAACUGCUUCCAUAUCAAAUGCUGGAAGCCUCGACCCUUAUCAGUGCACAUCAUUCUCGGCCGCGUUUUCCUGCUGUCUGCAGUCAUCCUGUCUUUCCUCACCACCUUCAUCCUGGUGUCCUUUGCAUCUCAGCUGUUUCCGAGGACCCGGAAGCACAAUUUGGUGUCAGCCUUCAUCAGCUUCCUCACAGGGGUCUGUGCCUUCCUGGCCCUGUUGCUGCAUGCCCUGGAGAUCCAGAAUCUGAGGAUGAAGCCCAUCCCCCCCCAGAUCUCCGUGCAGUGGCCUUACUACGUCCUUGGCUUUGCCAUCGUUCUGUUCGUAGUGGCUGGUGCCAUCUGCCUCUUUCAAGAAACAACCUGCCUUAGCCGCCAUCGGUUGCCCAACUCCCGGAGUAUCGAGGAAACCCAAGGGGUCCCCCACCUGGAGAAUCUGGAGAGUUUGGGAGGAGACCUGAGCUCAAUACAAAAGGAGACACUGCUGAAGGAAGAAACGAUUAUCUAGUCCAGGAGAAUGUCCUCCACCCGUCAGCUGCAUGAGUGCCUGCGUGGGGGCCUAAGGGGCAGCCAGUCUCUGCAGCUUCUGAUGAGCUUCCUGAGUCAGAUCAGUGCUCCCCUUCCCCGUACUCACAGUGAUUCUGUCUUGCUUGUCUUUGCAAUUUAUUAAAAGUUUUUUGAAUUA